AUGGAUCGAAGGCUGAGUGACGUCACGGAGACCAUCUUCAGACCCUUCAGACGCCCCAGCCAAACCUACGAAAUCACACCCCCACCACCUUCCGCUCCCUCCCUGAAGACCUCCCAGAGUUUCACCUUCAAGGAGGUGCAGAAUAUAUCGGCCCCAACCAAUGUCAAGAAGAAUAUACACGUGGAGAUUGUGGACGGGGUACUCGUGGGAUUGCCGCCCAUUUGGGAGGAAGACAAGAAAGCCAACCCGGUAGCGAUGAUCCAAGCUCUGGAGAUGUUCAUGAGUACAAAUAAGAAGACAGAUAAAUAUCUCGAAACAUUCAGUGACUCCGGCAUUUCAAGCGAGGGCUCCAUGAUCGACCUGGACAAUGAAGAAGAGUUCAAAAUUAUCGAAAACAACAACAACAACAAUAAUAAUAAUAAUAAUAAUAAUAAAGUUGAUAAUAAAGAUAAUAACAAUAAUUAUACUAGAGAUAAUAAUAAUAAUAAUUAUAAUAAUAGUAAGGAUAAAAAAGAUGUGAAAUAUAAAAGGGUGACUGACAAGAUCCUUGAGAAUACGGAAUGGGAUUUCCCGGCUGACGAUCCGUGGCAACGCCACGCACUUCGAAGCAAGCUUCUAAAAUUGAAGUGCCUCAGAAGAAAUCCACCACAGAUAUAA